AUGGUGGCCUCGCAUACGCCGAAGCACUGCGACACUUUCCCGCCACAUUUGGAAUCAUCGCUGGAAGAUUUGAAUCAGAUUUUGGGCGAAUUCUCUGAAAGUGGUGCAGAUGGGGCGGAUGCUGAAAUCGAGCAGAAGAUUUGCAGCGUGUUGACCAGCUCGGAUGCCACAACCAGCUUGCUUUACCGUGAAACAGCAGAGCAUGCUGGAUUGUUUGCCCGGAGAUCAACGCUACAUGUAUUGAAAGGAGCAGCUUCAGGACGACCACGUUUGCAACAGGCGCUCUCUUCCUUCUUUGUGUCUGUUGCAAAUCUUGGGGACCAACUUCCCAUGACGGCAGCUUUGGUGUUGGGCGGGGCUUUGCUCGCGUUCCGACAAGGUUCUGAACGUGCUUUGCCGGCAGACAUUGUGUCGGCUCUCCAGCUUGUGCAGUAUUGGCUCGCUGGGGAAGCUCUGGAGGCUGUUGUAGUUGCAUUAAUGCAGCGGAGCCACGUGUUUUUGCCGCAAGUUGCUGAUGCAACCUCUGGUUGGUUAUGCGGUUUGCAGGAUUACUUGGCAGUUGCAUGUACGAAAGUUUUGCCUGUGCCUUCCGGACGAGAUUUCGCACAGUGGUUGGAUUCUUCAUAUUUGAGCCGGCUUGCGGAAGCGCAGCGCUUCUCCAUGUGUUCCGAGCCGCACGCUUUUGAGAACUUCGAGUCCAAGCCAUGGUGUUGGGACUUUUUAGGUCGCAUGUCCCUCCGAAAUGCCUCUGCAUUGGCAGCUGCUUUUUGCAAGGCGGCGUUCAAUUCGAUUGAUGAUGCGGUCAUGCUUGGAAAGUCGAUUUCAAAAUUGGCGGAGCAGAGCCCGCCAGCAAGCAGGGCGUUGGUGUGUGCAAUUCUGUGCGAGGCAGAGUCUUUUUUCAAGCAGUCGAGUUGUGGAAUCUUCUCGCGCGUGCCCGAGGGUGUUGCCCGUCUGUCAGCGUUGCUGCAUCCAUCGUUGGGAGCCGGUCUCCCUGUUCAGCAGCUCCUCGCUGUGCAAAUUUGGCAAACACGACGUGGCAGUGAAUUGGCAUGCCCGGUAGUUUUUGCCUUGGUCGACACGCUGCACGCAGCUGGAGCUACAUGUUGGUGGGAAGCCUAUUCGCACUGGCUAGAGGUCUGGGCCGAUCCCUCUUACUUUCAGUCGUCAGACAUUGUUGCUGAACGGAGCUUGGCACUGAGACUUGCCAGAGCAGUCCGCAGACACAUCCCGGACCAAGAUCCGAUACCUGGACAGUCAUCGAAGUGUUUCUUGCAAGGUAUUCAUCUAAGACUGUCGGCGCAGACGCGGGAACGACGCUUGUAUGGCAUGGCCGUGGCAGAACUACUAGCCGAGUGUCGCGGUUUUGCAACCGACGAGGGGCGGACACAGCUUCGAUUCGAUGGCUUUGACAGGACCGCUGCACCGGUUGCGGACCUUCAACUGGCUGGUGCCGACUUCGAGGUCGCACCUGCGCAGUUUGUGACAGAAACGGACGAGGACGUUCCAGCUGUCGUUGCUGCUGUGCCGGUGGUUCAGCAGGAGGAGCCGUCUCAGGUCAAUGCGUGCCAGCCCGCGCCUGAGACGAAGCCAGAAGCGGUGCCGGAAGAGGACAGCGAUGACGAGGAGGACUGCCAUCCAUUACGUGGCCUGGCUCCCUUGACACCUCUGGAUGCUCAGAAUGACUCCUGCUCUGAUUUGCUCCUGGUGCAGCAUCCGGCUUUUCUCCAAAGUGCCUAUGAGAUGCUGCUGGGGCCUGUGAAGAUUGCGUCGACUCCGCUCAGUGACGAGGCAUUUGGCAAACCCGGUGCUGCUCCUGAACCUGCAGCCGUGGCCCAUGCCAGAGUUUUGACUGCGCUGGCCGACCUACCUUCGCUGAUUGCUGCUGGCUCCCCUGACCUCUCCAGGCUUGCAGAGCCCCUCUGCGUUCGUUUGCUGCGCAUGGAGGCAACUAGCGAGGAGCUCCAGGAUCUGAGGUUGGAGGCGCUGGUCAGCUUGCUGGUAGCUGAUGCCAGCCGGCGUCAAGCUGUGCAACGCCUGACCUCAGACUUCACAGCCGAGGACCUGUCCUUGCAUGAGCGCCGUGCCAUUCUUCUCACCUUGUCGUCCGCAGCGCGGAAACUUUCUGCCAACAACGAGGUGGAAGAGGCGCGUGGACCAGGAGCCUCAUCACAGCGACCUGCAGCUGGCAAAACGCGCCGCUUUGCAUCAGCCACGCGCAUCCCUGCAUCCUUCCGAAACAGGUUUUCUGCAGAGGCGCGCCAUUUCCUGAUUCCGCUGGUGGCCAGGUGGAAGCAGCCAGACGGUGGAGCUGGAAAGUGGGCAGUUGGAGAGCCGAAUUUGGUUGCAGAGUUUCUUCGGUCAUUGGCAGUUAUGCUGGAAUGUGCGGGCCGAGCGUGUCCAGACCGUGACGUGCUUGGUCAGCAUUGCCUUCCGCUGGCGGAGGAGGCCCUCCAUCAUCUGGAAUCUCAAGUGCGCCGCUGCAGCUUAUUCUUGCUGUCACGCAUCGUGCUGGUUGGGUGCGAGGGCCUGAUUCUGGACAGAGACGGGAUCCUGGAGCAGCUAGAGGUGAUUCCAACCCAAGAAGCCGAUGAGACAUGCCGAAGGAUGGCAGCUGGCAUCUUGGCUUGCCUGAGCAAGACCAUCCUGAGUGCAGGCGUUUAA